AUGGAGCUGCCUCGGAUUAUUGUGCCUCCGUGCUUUGUGUCGGACCCGUCUAUUCUGACCGAAUGGCGAUAUGAGAAGCGUCACGAGGCUCAGAUGGUGCUGCCGGGCCUGUGGCUGGGGCCCAUGAGCGUGCUGCGAAACGCCGACUUUUUUGAGUCCAACAAUGUGCGUCUUUUGGUGGCGGUGACGCGUCCGGAGCGGGCGGAGUCGCUGUUCCGCAAGGCCACGUUCGACUCGGCCCGGUUCGAAACCCAUUGUCUCGAUCCCGGGCCCAUCAACUCGCCUCUGGCCGGACACCAGAUCAUCUCGCAGAUGGACUGGCUGAUGGGGCUGUUUGAAAAGGCCGCGCAGAUGGGGGUGGGCACGCUCAUGUUCUGCGAAACUGGCAACGACCGGAGUGCCACCGCCACCUGUGCCAUGGUGAUGAACUCCAUGGGGUGGGAUACGGUGCGCAGCAUUCAGUACGUGCAGUCCAAGCGGUUUUCCGUGGCACUGGACGAGUCUCUCAAGUACAACCUACAGACUUAUGAAGACAUUUGUCUGGCUAGCAUGGUGGUGAGAAAUUCAGAUGGGGUGAAUGGUGUGGAGAAGCAUGCCAGAAAGGUCAGUGGACAGGCAGAGGAGAGGAGGAGUAAGAGGAGUUGCGAGUGA